AUGGUGUCCGGAGAAGUCCCUAGUAGUUUUGAUGCUUACAAGAGGAAGAAAUUCUUCAAGGAUGCUAGGCAUUACUAUUGGGAUGAGCCUUACUUGUACAAGAGAGGACCAGACAGCAUUUACAGGAGAUGCAUAGCUGAAGAGGAUGUACAAGGAGUUCUAGAGCAUUGCCAUGGGAUGCAGCAGUACAUUGCCAAGUGUGAUCCAUGCCAAAGGAAAGGAGGGAUCACCAAGAGGGAUGAGAUGCCACUAAACCCAAUUCUAGAAGUUGAGAUCUUUGAUGUAUGGGGAAUAGACUUCAUGGGACCUUUCAAACCUUCUUCAAACGGGCACAACUACAUUUUGGUUGCUGUAGACUAUGUAUCCAAAUGGAUUGAAGCCAUUCCCUGCCCAACCUGUGAUGCCAAGGUGGUUGUCAAGCUUUCAGAACCAUCAUCUUUCCAAGAUUCGGCAUCCCAAGGGUUGUUAUUUCGGAUGGAGGCUCCCAUUUCAUCAACAAGGUCUCCUUUCAAUUUGCUAUAUGGGAAGGACUGCCACUUACCUGUGGAGGUCGAAUACAAGGCUUUAUGGGCAGUAAAGAUGCUGAACUUUGAUAUAAAGGCAGCACAAGAAAGGAGGGUAAUGAACUUGUUUGAGCUGGAGGAAAUAAGAAUGAAUGCCUAUGAGAACUCUAGGAUUUACAAGAUGAGAACCAAGGCAGCCCACGACAAACUGAUUCGCCUUAAGGACUUCAAGGUUGGGGACAGUGUGCUCUUGUAUAACUCCAAGCUAAGGUUGUUUCCCGGGAAGCUGAGGUCAAAGUGGGCGGGACCAUUCAAGAUUCACGAAGUUCUACCCUAUGGAUCCCUCACUCUGCUCAAUCAAGAGGGGAAGGAAUUCACAGUGAAUGGACAUAGAUGCAAGCCAUAUCUAGGAAUGACCCCCACAGAGGAGAUCAUCACUCCUCUAGAAGAUCCAACCCCGGCCUAA